AUGAUGAGUGAAAAUUAUUUUGAUGGAAAUCAUUCACAAACCAAUAAUGACAAUCAAACACAAUCUUAUGAUUAUCCAAAACUUUUAUUACCUGAAGUUGUUCGUUUUUGGUUACUUAUGAUUUUUGAAGUUCCAUCUUUGACUUGUUCAUUAAUACUUCUUUAUUAUUUAUUAAUUGAUCAUGAUUUACGACAAUCAUUAAGCAAUCAUGUUAUUAUAGUUCUACUUAUUAUUGGACUUUUUUCUCAAUUAAUUGAUAUACCAUUUUAUCUUAAUUAUUUACGUAUAAAUUAUGUUUGGCCUCCAAUAACAAUCAGUUGUCUUAUAUGGUGGUUUGCAGCAACAGGUAUUUCUAAUUUAACAAAUAUUAUUAUGGCAUGGGCCUCAAUUGAACGACAUAUUUUAGUAUUUCAUGAUAGAUUGUUAUCAACAAAAAGAAAACGUAUAUUUUUUCAUUAUCUGCCACUUUUAACAAUUGUUCUCUAUGGUUUUAUUUAUUAUAUUAUGAUUCUUUUAAUGUAUACAUGUGAAAAUAUGUAUGCAUAUGAACUAGAUUGGUGUCUUUAUCCAUGUUAUUAUAAUAAUGAAGAUCUUGCCAUGUAUGAUACAAUAAUUAAUUCAAUAAUACCAACACCAAUUAUUGCUAUAUUUAGUAUUGCAUUAAUUAUUCGUGUUAUUCAACAAAAGUCCAAUCAUCAUAGACAUUUUCAAUGGCGUAGAUAUCGAAAAAUGGCUAUACAACUUUUAUCAAUAGCAGCAUUGUUUCUUCUUUUUAAUUUGCCUAUGACCAGUCUUGUUUUAGCUCAUGUAUGCGGUUUACCAGAUGGUUCAACUGGACAAUUUGAACUUUAUACUUAUUAUCUAUAUCAUUUUGUUUCACUUUUAAUGCCUUUUGUUUGUCUUGGUUCCUUACCUGAAAUUAGAAAGAAAAUGAAACAAAUAAUUGUGUUUCAAACAGUGGUCCAUACAAUUACACCAGGACUGGCUCGUUACGCUAAUUAA